UGCUUGCUCAGAACCCUGCGUGGCCAAGAGGGAGACACAACAGAGGAAGGAUGGCUGCAGGAUUGCUGCGAACCUGGUCACAGGACUCAGUGACCUUCGAGGAAGUGGCAGUGGACUUCUCCCAGGAGGAGUGGGCAUUGCUGGACCCUGCUCAGAAAAUCCUCUACAGAGACGUAAUGCUGGAGAACUUUAGAAACCUGGCAUCAGUGGGGUAUCAUCUCUGCAAACAUAGUCUGGUCACUGAGGUGGAGCAGGAAGAGCUGAGGCCAGAGGAGAGAGGAAUUCUCCAAGGUGCCUGUACAGUUUCAGACUGGGAUACUCAACUGAGAUCAAAAGAUGCAAUCCCUAUGCAAAAUGUUCCUGGGGAAAAAACUUCCAAUGGCAGAAAAAUGGCACCAACUCACCCUGGUGAGAAACCCUUGGGAUUUGAUCGUUGUGGAAAAUUCUUCAGAAGGAACUGUCACCUCAUUUGUGCAAGAUAUUGCAAGGGAGAGAAAUGCUACAAAUAUAAAGAAUAUGGGGAAGACUUCAGCCAUCCCUCAGCUCUUAGGAGUCAUGUGAUUACUCACACUGGAGAAAAAACUCUUGAAUUUAAUGAUUGUGGAAGAGCUUUCAAUCAAGAGUCAUCCUUGAGGAAAUGCUUCAGAACUCUCACAGGAGAGAAUUCUUAUGAGUGUUAUCAGUGUCUUAUAUCCUUCAGCUUACACUCUUCCUCUUCAGUACAUGAGCCUAUACCUACAGGAGAGAAACUCUGUGAAUGCAGUGACUAUGGGAAAAGAUCUUCUCUGAGGGUCCACCAAAAAGUGUGUACUGUGGAGGAAAGCUCAAAAUGUAAUGAACGUGGGCAAAUUUUCACUGGCCCCUUGUCUCUUCAGAAAUAUGUGAGACCCCACCCUGGAGAGAAACCUUAUGAAUGUAGUGACUGUGGGAAAGCCUUCAUUUUUCAGUCUUCCCUUAAGAAACAUGUGAGAUCACACACUGGAGAGAAACCUUACGCAUGUCAUCAUUGCGGAAAAUCCUUCAGCCAGAGCUCUCAUCUUAAUGUGCACAAAAGAACUCAUACUGGAGAGAAACCCUAUGACUGUAAGGAAUGUGGCAAGGCUUUCACUGUUCCUUCAUCCCUUCAGAAACAUAUGAGAACCCACACUGGAGAAAAACCCUAUGAAUGCAGUGACUGUGGGAAAGCCUUCAUUGAUCAGUCAUCUCUUAAGAAACAUACACGAUCUCACACUGGAGAGAAACCUUAUGAGUGCAGUCAAUGUGGAAAAUCCUUCAGCACGGGCUCUUAUCUCAUUGUGCAUAAGAGAACUCACACUGGAGAGAAAACCUAUGAGUGUAAAGAAUGUGGGAAGGCCUUUAGGAAUUCCUCUUGCCUAAGGGUCCAUGUGAGAACUCACACAGGCGAGAAGCCCUAUAAAUGUAUUCAGUGUGGAAAAGCAUUCAGCACCAGCACUAACCUUAUAAUGCACAAGCGAAUACAUACUGGGCAGAAAGUCUAUGAAUGAAAUGACUACAGGGUAGCCUUAAGUGGUCCUUCACGCCUCACUUCUCAUUUUAGAACUCACACUGGAGAGAAACCUACAUUGUGACCAAUGUAGAAAGCUAGUAGGCACAACUCUUGACUCACAUUAUACUGGGACCAACCUUAUAAAUGUUAUGGUUCUGUGAUUACUCUAUCAGUGAGUAUUUCAUCCCUAAAGUGCAACAACUCAUUAACUGUUGAGUGUUAAAGGUUAUGUUGCACUCUAAAUUCUCCUUGAUCUACAUCACAAAAGUUUUGAUAUAUAAUGUUUUCAUUGUAAUUUAGUAUUAAAUAUUGUCUGAUCCUCAUCAAGAUGUCUUGGACCUAUAGGUUAUUUAGAAGUUUAUUUUUUAAUGUGCAGACUCUAUCAUAUUUUAAUUAUCUUUUUGUCCUAGAUUUGUAACUUAAUUGAACUAUGCACAGCAUGCAUGAUCUUUGUGAUGUAGAUUCUAUAUAACAUAGAUUCAAACAGAAAAUUGUUGGAGACUUUCUGUGUGGCCUAAUGUGUGAGACACUACAAGUUGCCAUCCCAAUAUCCAUUCCUCCCUUCCUUCCUUAAAGUAACAAAACUACAAUUGUGUUCAAGUUGGCAGGGUGGACAAUUUUUUAAGGACUUAACUCCCAGCUUUCAUUGCAGCUAUGACUGCCCAUAAGCCCAUAGUCCUGGCCAAUUAGCAAUAGGCAAAGGUCACUGCUUGUGGGUUCUAAAGAUGCCCAUGGAAAUGGUAGCAUCUCAUCUGGCAUCUUCUCUUUACCCUUUGCCCUUCGUCUUGUCUGUUCUUUCCUAGAAAAUAGACCAAGAGGCUGACAGUCAUAGGCUACUGAUUAUACAACAGUGACAUACAAUAUUAUUUGGCUGUACCAACCCUUGGUUGCUUAUUUCUGGACUUCAUGGAACAUGAGAAAAAUAAACUCCUACCUGGUUUAAA